AUGCCCUUGCCUGCCGCCCUAGCAGCAAAACUAGCGAAAAGGGGCCUAAUAACUUCUAAUAGGCCGAAAUCAUCCAGAGAACCAGUCAAAAAACUAGACUACAAAGGCUUGUCCGUGUGCCCCAAUAAAAGCAACGUGUUUCACGAGUGCAACCAGUGGUGUGACGCUCAUUGGAAAGGGGUAGCCACUCCGGAUCCAAAAUACCUCCGUAACAUGCAAAAAUUACUUGCCAAGUAUCCUUUGGCAUUGAACUGGACGGAAAUAUUUGAUAAAGGAGUUGGAAGAUAUUACUACUGGAACAUGGAAACUGACUUAGUUUCAUGGCUGCCACCAAAACAUCCCAAAGCCAUUCUAACAAAGAGUGCUGCAAAACUCAGAGAAUGGAAAGCCCAAGAUCAAAGAGACAAGAGAAUAAGAGAAGAAUCAAUCAAAAUGCAAAAAUCAGAUAGAGAUCAAGACAGAGAUUCUGAUGAUCCUGAAAGAAACUCUAGAUCUAAACAUUCUGAUAGGCGAGAUCACAGGGAUAGAGACAGAAGAAAUAAAAGGGACAGAGAGGAUAGGGACCGGUACAGGCGCGACAGAGACAAACGUAAAAGGGAAGACAAUCUGUUAGACCCCAUGGACCCUGCUGCUUAUUCAGAUAUUCCUCAAGGAACUUGGAGUGAUGGUUUAGACACAAAUAAAAGUAGAGCGGAUAAUACUGCUUCAGGGGUGCUGUUUCAACAGAGACCGUAUCCAGCCCCAGGAGCCGUUCUGGCAGCUAAUAAAGAAAAAGAUGAUAAGGAGAAAAAGAAAUAG